AUGCCUAUUCCUAUUCUCGCGUCUGCUUUGCAAGAUGGUGUCGAAGUUAUUCCUGGCUGGGAAUAUAUCAAGAACUAUGGCCCAAUCGCCGUUAGCGUUUUCUUAUUGAAGAAUUACUUUGCCGGAUCAAGAAACACUUGGGAGAUGAACUUCCAUGGAAGAGUGUUCAUUGUGACCGGAGGAACUUCUGGUUUGGGCGCUAGUGUGGUUGAUGAAUUGGCAUCAAAGGGAGCUCAGUUAGUGCUCUUGGUGAAGAAUUUACACGAUGAAUGGGUCAUAGAUUACGUUGAAGGUCUCCGAGAGAAACACGGAAAUCAAUUGAUUUACGCCGAAGAAUGUGAUCUAAACUCCUUGCACUCAAUUAGAAUGUUUGUCAGCAGCUGGCUUAAUAGCCGUAACCCCAGAAGACUUGAUGGGGUUGUGUUGUGCGCCGGGGAAUCUUUACCAAUAGGAAAACCAAGACAAUUAUCCGCUGAUGGCGUUGAAAAGCAAAUAGCCAUCAAUUAUCUUGCAAACUACCACUUGCUCACUUUGCUUGCUCCGGCAAUCAGAUCGCAACCUUCGGAUCGUAAGGUCAAAAUCUUGACUACUUCAUGUUUAUCGCAAGUGUUCGGUAACGUUGAUCUCGAAGACUUAUUAUGGGAAGAUCGAAAAUAUCCUUCCAACACACCAUGGAAAGUCUUUGGUACUUCAAAAUUGAUGUUAAGCUGUUUUGUGAAGGAAUACCAGAGAAGAUUAGACACUUAUGAGAGAAGUGAUAAAACCAGUAUGAGCGUCAGGGCAAAUAUCGUUAACCCUGGGAUGAUGAGAUCGCCAUCAACCAAGAGAUUCCUCUCUUUGGGAUCUAUUUUCGGGUUGAUGAUGUAUGUUUUAUUAUAUCCAAUCCUAUGGAUAUUUCUCAAAUCAACAUAUCAAGGUGCUCAGUCAUUUUUCUAUGCCUUAUCUAACCCAGAAUUGAACGUUCGACCGGGAGGAUCUUUUAUUCAGGAGUGUUCGGUGGUUCAAAAGAAGACUAAAAAGGAGCUUAACGAUGAAGAAUUUCAAAAGAAGCUAUACGAAGAAACAGAAAAAUUGAUCAACGAUAUUGAAAAGAGAUCAGCAACCAGGCGCAAUCAAUCAUCAACAGCCGCUAACAAGAAAAAUAAGAAGAAGGGCAAGAAACAGCCUGCAAAAAAGGAUGAAAAAGAACCUGAAAAGCCAGGGAUUUCGUUAAUGCAAACGAAGGGGGAUGCCUUAGAACGUGAGUUGCUGAAGAUGGACAAGACUCUUCCAUUAUUUGGUGAUUUUUCCGGUAAUGCGCCAAAAUCCAAGGAAAAUAAGUAUCUUAAAGCCUUGGAUGCCAAAUUUGAAGCACAACUUGCUUCUAGAAACCAGGCAAAGACUACGUCAACUGAAGUUACCACAGAAAAACCGAAGAGUCGUAAAAUAUAA